UUUGAGUCAGGCUCGUCGACGGCUGGAGAGCGCAGAGUGAUGAGAGCAGAGUGAAGAACAGCAGCCAGCGAUCACUCUCCCGACUGGUUAUGACAGAUGUGAAGCAUGACUUCUUGCUCAGAGAUCUGUGGGUCGGAAUAUGCUGAGCAGGGCCACGGUGCGCUCAGCAGUGGUUACCAAGGUUACGGGGUGCGUUCUUACCUGCACCAGUUCUAUGAGGAGUGCACUGCCUCCAUCUGGGAGCGCGAUGAAGAUUUUCAGACACAGAGAUCGCCUAGUCGUUGGAGCUCUGUCCUCUGGAAGGUCUGUCUCGCGCUUGGAGCUCUCAUUCUGGUAGCCGGGCUAUCAGUGCUGCUGGUGGGCUAUGCCACUCCUCCUCGGCUAGAAGCAUUCGGUGAAGACGAGCUGCUCUUCGUGGAUGGCCGCGCUGUACGCUUCAACCGUGCACUGGAUGCCUGUAAGCUGGCCGGAGCCGUUCUGUUUUGUGUGGGUGGCAGUGGUAUGGCGGUCGGAUUGCUGCUGGCUGCUUGCUCUCAGGGCACCUCCAAAGAAGAGCUCCAACUGCAACAGCGUUUCAAAGAGCGUCUAGCCGAGAUCCAGGCCUCCGUUCAACCCAUCACCCGAGCUCCGACCCCCGGGGAGGGCAAGGUUCCAGUCACUCUAUCGAAGGUGCAGAACGUCCAACCCGGGGCGGAGACCUGACCUCUGCCCCCAUCUUUACGACCGAAACGACCCCGUUAAAGGUCAGCUAACCGGGUUUCAAAUGGUUUCGUGCAAAAGAAAACAACAGGAACAGUAGAGAUAGAUAAUAUUGCACUUUCUCUGUUGCAUAUCAUUCGUCUAUAUCGACUAAGAGUACCGAGAGUAUUUAUGGUGAUAAGGCAUUAAUGUAACUGUACCCUGUAGAUUAUCACGCCACCACACUGGUGCUCCUGACUAAAGAUAUACAGCACAAACAUACUUGCUACGCAUAUUUCCGAUAAGAACUGCUUGGAAACAUCUAUGGUCAAUUUUAGGCAGCUGUUCUUAAGAGCAACUCCUGAUAUAUUUUUGAUAUAUUUUCGUCAGGGCAUGUGGUUUAUAUUCAGUUUGCGUAAUAAAACAAGAGUUAUCGAAAUCGCAAAACUAGUUAUCUCCUUUACACUUCAGAAAUGAACCAGAACGAUCUUUAUAGUCUUUAGUCGUAAAAAAGUUCACAACUUUAUCCCGUACGGGUUACAGUAAAUAGAUUCGCAAUCACAGUUUCCAGCUUGAUAUAUAAGAUGCGGCCGUAUUACACAUAAAAAGUAAUUCGGUAAACCUCAAAAACAAGCAAAAUGAAAGUCCAUCAGAGCUCUGUGUAUUUCUGGCUAAUUCAUCAUUGCCGCCUUACUAACACUCUCAACAGAAUCUAUAACAAUAUUUCAGCACUUGUUCGAAAACCUUCACAUCGGCUCAUUACUGUCACCUAAGGCACAAAUAUUCUCUCAAUUCUCUCCCAAACAAACGCUUCACCGUCUCUUGCUCCAGUCAAUCAAUAGUUACUUGACAGAACGCAAUGUGUUCCAGAGAGCCGAAGCAACAACUCAACACAUUCUCAAUAACACGCAUCUCUCUUUUCUGCUCAAAUACACCAUCACUCUUGACGUCAAGGGCGAAAAUAGAUUAACGUCAAGAGAUGCCUGUGGGAUUAUGUAAUAUCCCUCUAUAGUGUAGCACAUCAUUCUUGCUGCAGUCUCCAUUUUUCUCAAGAGGACAUUAGGCCAAGUCGCUGUCUGUAUGUAAUUACACUCAUUGGAGCGCAGCCUAUUCAGAGUUUCAUGUGCUUCAGCUAAUGUUCUGGGAUAAUGCCACUUUCUUUCUGUUUUUUUGUUUGUAUCGCUUUAUGGAAGCAUCAUUGCUGUCACUCUCCAUCUCAUUUAUUUAUUUAUUUUGUUUAUUAAUUUGAAUUAAAAGCAUAUUACAAAAAUGAUUUUGUGUAGGUAUUUGCUAUCUUUUUGAUAGCCAUGUUAUUUACUUUGUUAAGUGCUUUAGCCAUAUUUUAAAAGUUGCAUGAUCGAAAGUCUAAAAAAUGCAGUACUGAUGGUGAAAAACUGUAGAUAUUUAUUUUGGAUAUGAAAAUGAAUUAUGAUGGAGCAUAUUAAACAGUACAUUGAAAUGUUUAAAAAUGUCAAAGCUUGCUUACUUCAUGAAACUCUUACACCGAGCACAGUACAGUAUAAACUAUUCAAUAAUAUAAUCUAAUUGCUAGAAAACCCCUAUUAGAGCAAAAGAAGUUCAAAAAUAAUGUGUUUCAGUCAUACAGUACAUGAGCCAGGAGUUUGGUCGUUUUCUGUAUAAAAUGACAUCAUUGAAUAUUACAUUGAUUGUGACUUCACAGAAUUUUGUUGGUUAUUCUCUUUAACUAUCAAAAUGUUUGGUUUGUGAUGUACUAUUGUUGAAAAGGAGAGAGACUGUAUCUGAAAAGGCUAUGGAGUUGUUUCUUAACCAGAAUAAACAUGUAAAUGUUUGUUACCGCAAA